AUGUCCGCGCAGUACCGACCGUACCGGGAUGAAGAGGAUGUGCCGCCGGAGGAGCGAGCGUGGGUGGACGACGGACCGAGCGGUCGGAUCCAGAUCUACGAGAAAACGACGCACGAUAUCCACCAUGUCGUCACCCAGCGACACCUAUUGCUCGGAGGAUGCACCAUCGCCUCCGUGGCUGCGAUCAUCGGACUCUGCAUUGGAUAUUUCGCGCAUACGGAGCACACUGUUUGCGCUCGCGGUCGAUCGGUAGCGCUCUUCUCGGUGUAUGACGAAGAUCCGCUCGUCAAAGACAAGAUUCUCGAUAUGGUCAGCGCUAGCCAAUUCGUCCGUCACGUCAAACUCUUCGGGGAAGACUCAUUGCUAGAUGACCAUAUCGUCAAGAUCACAAAAAGCGAGUGGAGGAAGGCUUUGGAUGAAAUCUACACUGACGAGUUCACCGCUCCCGUCACCACUCAGGGCAGCAAGCACAACUCUAUAGAGAUAAUCUACCCGAACGGGACUCUGAAGGAAAGAAUGGACCUCAGUUUGACCAUGAAAGAGUUCGUCUUCGUCGGGAACUCGAUAAACAAAACGAUAAACGGACAUCUCGUAUACGCAUCGAAGCUUGAUUUCAAAGACGCGAAGUAUCUCGCUUCGAAAAACUGCACGCAGGGCGCCAUCCUACUCGUCAGGUUUGGAGUCUCUCCCCUGCGUCAACAAGUUAUGCAAGCCACCUCCCUCGGGGCUGCAGGAAUUUUGCUUUACCAAGACAUCUUCGAUUAUCCAAACUUGGAUAUGAACGCUUUCCCUCGAACGAGCGUUCCCGAGGGCGAUAAUUGGUCCGAUAAUUCGCUGGAUGAUCUGGAUGCUAAAGCCAGCUAUAAAAAUCUAGUGGUGCAGACCGUCAACGGACACAUGGCGAAGAGUCUCCUCCAGCUUCUCGAGAGUUCCGAUUUGGUGGCUCCUUCCAGGAUGAGGGGCAACUCCAGCUCGGUUUAUCAUAUUGGUCCUAGCAGUGUCAGUUUGAAAGUAACCACCCUGCAAAAGACUGCCCCAGAGAAAUUGACCAAUGUGUUCGGCGUACUUCGCGGUCGUGUGGAGCCCGACAGAUACAUCAUCGUGGGCGCUGGCAGAGAUUCCUGGAGUCCCUCGAAUGUGGGCGGACUCGCAUCCCUACAGGAGCUCGCGAGAGUCUUCGGUGAGCUCAAGGAACAGAAAUGGCGGCCGAGGCGCUCGAUCAUUUUCUGCAGCUUCGCCGCGGAACACUUGGGAUCCCUUGGUCUGAACCAUUUUGUGAAGAACCGAUUGAACGUGCUCCGUAAUCGCGCCGUGGCGUACAUCGACGUCUCCAACCCAGUAUUUGGCUUCAAAUCAGUGCUGGGGACCGGUUCUCCCAUCCUGACGCAAGCUAUCUUCAACGCCAGCAAUCUGGUGAAUUCUGCAAAUUCGGGGAAGAGUAAUAAAACCGUCUACAACGAGUGGUUGGACUCCUUCGCCCACGACAGGAGCAACGACGCCAUACGAGAGCUCGCGAAGCUUGCCAAAGAAUCCGGUGAAGAAGACACCGUUCCUCUCGAAUACGAUUUCAUGCUUGGAGCUGGCACGACGAAGGAUAACAAGACCAUAACUUUGUUCCACAAUUACCUCCAUUCGACUCUGAUUCCGAGGCGGCCAAUGAUCCGGGCUAUGGAUUACACGGACGGAUUCUCGACUUUCAUAUCGCAAGCCGGUGUUCCCAUCAUACAAGUCUCUUACGUCGACAACGAGUACUUCGACAACCGGAGAAUGAACAGCAAACCAUUCUGGUUCCGGACACAAUUCGACACACUGAACAAGGUUCAGGCAACACCGGACGAUGGAUACAAACACCAGAUAGUCGUCACGAAGGUCGUGGCAGAGCUUGUCCGCGAUCUCGUAGAUUCCCUAUUCGUUCCCUUCAAUUUGUUGGAGUACGCAUUGACAAUGCAGGAUUUCUCGGCAUCAGCCAUCCGACAAUACAACAUCUUGUUCCCGGAACCGAAGGUGGACUUUCGGCCCCUCCAAGAAAGCGUGGUCAAUUUCACUAAGGCCGCGGUGAAGUUCCACCAGGUACAGAGCAAGCUGGAUCUCCGCGAUCCAAUGGCAAUCAGGAUGAUCAAUGAUCAGCUGGUGUUCCUCGAAAGAACUUUCGUUUACAUGCGGGACAGCAAUGCGACAGAACACGCUCUCCUCGAGCCGGCGAAAGCUUUCCCGCAGAUGGCGAGCCUAUAUCCAAGUGUGCUCGAUCUGAUCAUGACUUCCCUCGGGAAUCAAGACAUAAUGGACCAAGAUCUCCUGAUGAAAUCGAUAGUCGACGACUUGAGUCGAGUGAUUAGAGACGCAACCGAUCUGAUACGGGAGGUAUACGUAUUCUAAGAGAUACUUUGUGUCUCGAAAGCCCAUCGAAACCUCAAGCACCCACCGAAUCCAGGAAUCAGCAGGAAUAUGGUGCGCUAGCUUUCUCGUUUCCUAUCUCCUUCAGGGACCGAGAUUUGUAGCUUGAAGCAAAGACCCGGUGGAACCUCUUCCCUACGGGACCGUGCUUCG